UCAUGUGACUUGUGCAGAGAGGAGUCAGCCGAGCACAAAGCGACACUUCAGCAAUGGACAGGACCGGACCAACUUACACGGCGCUGGUUUUACUGGCUGCGGUUGUCACCGCUGGGCUUUGCACACCCCGGGCCGGUAAAGAAGCUUGGAACUAUGUGACGGUGAGGGACGGGGCCCACAUUUUCUGGUGGCUGUACUACGCUGACAGUCCGUCUGCUCAGUACCAGCAGCUUCCUCUGCUCAUGUGGCUGCAGGGUGGACCAGGAGGAUCAGGAAGUGGCUUUGGGAACUUUGAGGAGAUUGGACCUUUGAACAGGGACCUAGAGCCCAGAAAAAGCAGCUGGGUGCAGGCAGCAAGUGUGUUGUUUGUGGACAACCCUGUGGGCACUGGCUUCAGUUACAGUGACCGGCCGGACGGCUAUGCUACUAAUGUGGCCAUGGUGGCCUCCGACAUGCUGGUGCUGCUCCAACACUUCUUCACCGAGAGAGCAGAGUUCCAGGCCAUUCCCUUCUACAUCUUCUCUGAGUCUUACGGAGGGAAGAUGGCAGCAGCUAUCUCCUUGGAACUCACGAGGGCCAUAGCACAAGGGACAGUGAAAUGCAACUUUGCUGGUGUGGCACUUGGGGACUCGUGGAUUUCUCCGCUGGACUCUGUGAUGACCUGGGGACCGUACCUCUAUACCACCUCGCUGCUGGAUGAUUAUGGCCUGGCAGAUGUGAGCGGUGCAGCCGAGGCGGUGAAGCAGGCUGUGGAGCAGCAGCAGUUUGACAAGGCCACGGAGCUGUGGUCUGUGGCUGAGACGGUAGUGGAGCAGAACACCAAUGGAGUUAACUUCUACAACAUCCUGACCCAGGAGCCGGAUGAGAAAUGCCACUCUGCAGCAGGAGAGAACUUCAUCUCUCUGCAGACACGUCGCCAUAUUUGCCCGCUACACAGCCAGUCCCUGAGCGAGCUGAUGAAUGGACCAAUCAGGAAAAAAUUGGGCAUCAUCCCCCAGAACGUCACCUGGGGAGGCCAGGCAGAGGACGUGUUCAGCAACAUGGCAGGAGACUUCAUGAAGCCUGUGGUGGAUAUAGUGGACCAGUUGCUGACUGCUGGAGUCAACGUCACCGUCUACAAUGGACAGCUGGAUCUCAUAGUGGACACCAUGGGUCAGGAGCUGUGGGUGAAGAGGCUGAAGUGGGAGGGGCUACCUGAGUUUAAUAAGCUAAGGUGGACCCCCCUGGAUGACCCCUCCUCUUCAGGCAUAACUGGAGCUUUCUUCAAGACUUACAAGAAUUUUGCAUUCUAUUGGAUCCUUAAAGCUGGUCACAUGAUUCCAUCAGAUCAGGGACCAAUGGCCUUGCAGAUGAUGAAGAUGAUCACUCAGCAGGACUGAUUCAUCCACUGAUUCCAGCCCAAACAGCUCUGACAAUCACAAUGAUCACAUUAUCUCUUUAUAAACCACGCUAUGUUCAACUAAAUCAAGAAUCUCUGUUGCUUCCAGCCAUAACAACAUUAAAGACACUUGAUUUUUGUAAA